AUGGGCGGCGGUCCAGCAGACAAGAUGCUCAUUGUCCUUCCGUUUCCUGAGCCCAAAGCGAUCAUAGACCGGAUCAGAAAGCAGCAUCCCAACAUAGAGAUCACAUUUGUGCACCUCAAGUUCGCAGAAGUAGCAUGGAAGACCUACAAGGAAGUGCCCAAAGAAAUCUACAAAGACAAGACCAUCCUCGUGACCCUCUCAGCGCUCCCGCCUACCCCAGAAGACUGCCCCCACCUCGAGCUGAUCCACUUCUUCUCUGCCGGCACGAACCACAUCGCGAACCACCCGAUCUACACCGAUACCAAGAUCACCCUCACCACCAGCAGCGGCAUCCACGGCCCGCAGAUCGCAGAAUGGGUCGUCAUGACCGCGCUCGUGCAGAGCCACCACUACAACAAGCUGUACGAGCUGCAGAAGCAGAAGCGCUGGGGCAAGAACGACAUCGAUGGCGAUUAUCACCGCGUGAGGGAUCUGGUCGGUCAGCGCUUGGGGGUGUUAGGGUAUGGCAGUAUUGGGAGGCAGGUUGGAAGAGUGGCGAAGGCCAUGGGCAUGGAUGUGAUUGCGUAUACGGCCACGCCGAAGGAUACGCCGGAGAAGAGGAGGGAUAAGGGGUUCGUUGUUCCGGGGACGGGGGAUCCGGACGGGAGUAUUCCGAGCAAUUGGUAUAGCGGGCUCGAUAAGGAGAGUUUGCAUCACUUCCUGAAGCAGGACAUCGACGUGCUGCUUGUGUCCGUUCCAUUGACUAAAGAAACCCGACACUUUCUCAGCACUCCUGAGUUUGAAGUUCUCUCCAAACAGCACGCCUUCGUAACCAACAUCUCACGCGGCCAAAUCAUCGACCAACCCGCGCUGGUCUCCGCUCUCCACGACGGCUCUCUCCGCGGCGCCGCCCUCGACGUCACGGAUCCGGAACCCCUACCGCCAGAUGACCCGCUGUGGGACGCGCCGAACGUGACCAUCACGCCGCACAUCAGCGGCGUUGGACAGGCGUAUACGGAUAGGGCGUUUCAGGUGCUCGAGGUUAAUUUGGAGAGGAGGGAGAAGGGGGAGAAAUUGAUCAAUGUGGUGGAUCGAAAGAGGGGUUAUUAG